AUGCAGGAGAAGCUCAUGGCAAGGCAUGCGACCGUGGUUGACAGCUUUGAGAAGAAGCAGCGUAGAUAUUUGUUGGAGGCCAUGACUCCAAUGUCAAGUGUUCGCUCCAUAUGGGGAAGUCGUCCAUGUCAAGAUCCCUGUUUGGAAGAGAUGUGGCUAAAUUACUCCUGUCACUGCAUAUUCAGGCCUUCUGCUGAGCAAGCUCUGCAACUGCUGCAUGGGACCUUUUUUGGUGGUCAGAAUGUGAGCCUUUCAUGGGGAAGAAGCCCUUUGAACAAACAAACUCAGGUUAAUUCUUGCGUACCGAACUUCUAUCAUGUCUUGAAUUGUAUAUAUACUAGCGGUAAAGUGGGUAAUAUAUAA